UUUAUGUACUCUCUCUUUCUCUUGUGGUCCUAGCCUAGCUACCUUCCUCUUUAUAUCUCUUAUCGCUUUUUUCCAAUUUCCAUAGCACUGCCUUCUUCUUCUUCUUCUUCUCCUCCUUUCCUCCUCCUAAAUUCAUCAUCUCCACCCAGCCUAUACGGCCUAUAUUACCUAUUUGGAAUUCACAGCUUCAAUAUAUAUACACACACACACAUAUCAGAACCAGUGCUUCUUCUCAUCUCAUCACCCUUUAAUAUUUUGCCGCCGAUCGAUCUUUAUAUAUAUAUAUAUUAAACUGCAGAGAGAAAGUCACCCCAUUUAUAUAUAUACACACAUAAUUGCAGCCAUGUCUAGCAGAAGAUCGAGACAAUCCUCAGCAGCGUCGGCGGGGACUUCGAGGAUCACAGAUGAUCAGAUCAUUGAUCUUGUCUCCAAGUUACAGCAACUUCUCCCUGAGAUUCGCAAUAGACGCUCAAGCAAGGUUUCAGCUUCUAAAGUGUUACAAGAGACAUGCAACUACAUUAGGAGCUUGCACAGAGAGGUGGAUGACCUCAGCGACCGCCUGUCGCAGCUGCUGGCCACCGUGGACGCCGAUAGCCCGGAAGCUGCCAUUAUCAGGAGCUUGAUCCAGUAAUGAAAGAGUACAACUACUCUCUGUUCCAGCUGCUAUAUAGCUAGUAUUUCUGCUACUAUUUUUUUUCUAGGGUUUCUUCUUUUUCUUUUUUUUGUCAAGUAAAAUUUCAAUUUCUAGGGUUUCUUCAAAUAUAUAUAUAUAUGAGUGUAAUUGUAUGUGACAAUAGGUAGUUACCCCUGUAUAAUAAUGAAGGCUUAGGCUUCUCCAUGCAAAGCCUUUUACAUGUAUUGAAGUUAUUAGCUAUCUGGUUUUCCAAUCCUUUAUUGUAUCUGUUUUGGUAGCUAGCUAUCUGUCU